AUGUCUCACCAGUAUUCACCUACUUCAGGGCAGCUAAUUUUGAAGUGGUACGGCUGCCCAGCGGAAGGCUGCCCGGAAUUUUUCAGUAACCCCGACGCCCGUCGACGUCAUGUGCUGGCCGCUCACACACCACGCACCUGGGACAGGCUGGAUGAUGAGGAUAUGCGUUCACCGCAUUCGACAAACUCGCAAACCGAACUGUUCCGCGGUCGCGAAUCGCCAAAGGAGGAGCAACGAAGCACGGCUACCGAGGGCUCACCUGAAAUCACGGUGCUUACCAUGUUGUCGCCUGUAGCACCGACGCUGGUCUCACGUGGGACGCAGACUGACGAGGACCUCUACUGCCCACGUUGCUACAUAAAAAACGUCGGGCUUCUCCCCACGAAGAAAAACAUCCCGCCGAUGCCCCCGAUGCGCGCCAAGUCUAAACAACGGCGCCAAAUAAGCCUCGCACCGAGACCACCGCUCGUGCUCAAAACCGUCGGCGAACUAAAGAAAGCAAGGGCGAACCAGGCGAAGCGAUACCCCGCCCGUUCGAGUAGUAAGCAGUUGGAGAAACAGUCAGAUAUAGCGAAGACGUAUGAGAGACCGGCAGGAAAAGAGGCGGAAACCAACUUUUCAUCGAAGGUUGUCUCCGACGGAGUCCUCACCAUCCGAAAAGUACGCUCCCGGAAGCCCACUGCGCAGUUCGAGAUCCCGAAAAGCACCAAAAAGAACGCAGGGGUGAAGCCAAAGCGGAGAUUGAGCCCCGAUACGAGGAUGCUGGAACAACUGAAGCGAGUGCUACGGAAACGACUAAUGAUGAAGCCGCAGGAAAAACUGACGCAUGGAAGCUGCUCCCACGCAAACCAGGCUAAGCUGACUUCACCCGGCUCGAAGCGGCUACGCCCAACUGUGGUCAUGAAGGCCUUCCAAGAGUGUCUCAAGCAAGGCUGUGCUGAACGUCAGAAUUUCUGGGCAGCCCUCAAAAAGCAUCUCCUAUCCAGCCAUGUCGUCCGUCAACCAGGAAAAUCAAGAAAACCCCGCCAUUCCUUGACCCCACAAUUGCCUGCCAAGCCUACGCUGAGGCGCUCGACGCGUGGGCGAAAAGAGGAAAAACACCCGCCUCGAAUCUACCGUAGCAGCAGCAUCUCGUCAAACUCGACCGUUUCCAUUAGUCGUGCUCUCGAAUAUGUACGAACGCAAUUACUGCGUCACGUCCUCGUAAGCAUGUUAACAGGCAACAUGAUGCCCCAGGAGUACUACUCCCCAACUUCCGGCCAGUUGGUAGUAAAGUGGUACUGCUGUCCAUCGGAAGGUUGUGGACGCUUCUACCGUGAUCCGGAAGCUCGUAGCCUUCAUAUUAUCGCUGAGCAUAGCCCGAGAACCUGGGCUAUGAAUAUUUUGAAUAGCCAUCCAAACGGUGAACCCGUACAGAUCCAGCAACAAUUUGUUCAGCCCUGCCCACCCCAAAUUCCUCCACAAGAAGAAGCACUUGAUCGCUAUUUUUCAAACCUUAAGACACCGGAUCUCUUCCAAUCGGCGCCACAACAGAAUGCACAGCCUGUACUUCCGACAAAAGUUACGCAAGGAACACAGACAAUGGAGCCAAUCUGCUGCCAACGGUGUACGAUGGAAUACCAGGAUCAACCGGAAGACGUGCCUGGGAGGGUUGUAGGCUAUUCGCUGUCGGGCAAGAAACGAGGACGACCGGUGAAAUGUGCAAAGAAAAUAAGCGUGGCAUCGAAGCAGGCUUGGGUUCAGGAAAUACAAUCAGUCAACCAAGAAGCGCGAUACCCACUUCGGAGACACGGCAAGCAACUCUAUGAGGGAAACCAGGAGCUCGAUGAGACUCAAGACAGAGAGGAACCCGAACUUGAAGCUUCAGGAGAGGCAAUACCUCCUGAAAAAACAAAUUCGCUUGCUGGGAAGCGACUGGGCAAAGCGGCAAUAGUUAAGGCUUUCCUCGAGUGCCUUAACCAAGGCUGUGUCCAGCGGCAAAACUUCUGGGAAUCCCUCCAUCAACAUAUCUCUACGACCCACGUCGAGCGCAAGAAGCCGGGCAGACCUGCCAAAAAACGUAUCUUAACAGGCCGGGCCCAAGCUGCGCCACCCAAGCCCAGGGUAUCGACGCGUACUCGUCCUACACGUAGCGCAGUUCAGAACAAAGAACGCCCUAUAAUCGACAGCAUCGGAAUCAGCUUCGAAUCGCCUCCCUCCUCCCCAACUUCGCCAAGAACCAUCGGAAAUCCCAGAGACACCUAUGUACUUGACCCGGCCUACAGUCCUCCCUAUUCCGACAUUUCUUCCCUUUGUGCGACACCCAGAUCCGAGGAUUCCUACUUUCCAAAGUUGAAGCUACGCAAAGAUCCGGUCUCCGGGGGCUAUAUGAGCCCCGGGAACUCGGAGUCUGGCUUUGAUUCUGGCUCGGAAACUCCCGUUCCGGGACCUUCCGGUAUACGGUAU